UGAAGAGCAACGGCUGCAGAUACCGGUCUGCGCCAGAAAUACAAUCGAGAUGACAGACCGAACAGGAGCAGAUGCAAAGCCAAAAUGCACACCUGCGGAAUUGAUGCUCAAGGUCAUUCUCGCGGGUACCUUAAGCCAUUAUGAAACUCGAGGAAUGAUCGACGACAAACGGCUGGAACAUAUGCUCUCUGCUGGAAAGCAAAUUCUGUACAAGACUCAUCAGGAAAGUGAAGUCAGACACAACUUGGGCUUGUCGCCAGAUAUCUGGCAAGGCCUCACUGAUGUCCUGACCAAAGCUAUCCCUGUUCUCGAGUCACAGUCUUUUGCUUGGAAAAGUCCGCCUUCUACGAACUACGACCAUUCUUCGUCCAACCUCAUAGCGUACAAUUACUUCUCUCUGGUGAAGGAUAUCGAGCGCCUCAAUGAUUUGUGCACUAUCGCUCGCAAUCUCCUUGCAACUACCAAGAAGGCACAGAAUCUGGCAGCUGAGAAAGGGUUCGACCAGAGGAUUCUAGCUCUGAUAGACACAUGUGUGAGGGUUACUGCUCGAGGCUUCGACGGCGAGACGAAUGCAAGGAACGAAGAACGCUGGCAGAAGGUGGUCAAUCUUUACAAGCGUCUUUUAAUCACGUGUCUUCAGUUCCUUCAUAACUUCAUAAUGCAUAACGAGCAGCGGAAGAUGGUGCUUUGGUUGGACCUUUUCGGGUAUCACUCUACCGGCGAUUCGAAUAUUAUCCAGCCUAAGGAACCGCUAGAUCGUGCGUCUAGCAAGCCAGAGGGGGUGGCGCCUAUUGUGAAAACAGGAGAGAGGAUUGUUAAUCCUCCCAUCCGGGCUCUGUAUGACCAGACUGCGGAGGACUUAUUAUUGGAGACAAUUUCUAACUUUCCGAGGGAACCUGCAACUAUCAAGGAAGAAGCUGCGAUGCUCCUCCUCGCGAACAUCAAGGACCACAUGGAGAAACUUCUCGGACGCGAUCUCACGGCGAUUCAGGAAAUGGGUAGAAACCCCGAGCAAGUUAAGGAGAUUCGCGCCGCUCUUACAGCUAUUCUCGGUGCCAAGGUCGAUGGAUGGUCUGACCUUCAGGAUAGAGCGAAGGAACUCCCACCUGCUCUUCCGGAGGAUGAACCGCCUCGGAAGAAACCUAUUCUCACCAUUGAUCGUAGUGCUACAGCAGGAUUUCCUCGUGUCUGCUGGGCCGAUAUGCCCGAUCUUAGCGAAUUCAGUGCAUUUGCAUCAGGAGAUGCACCGGUGACAGAAGAGGACACGAGCAUGCCCCGUUCUGCCCAAUCGGCCGCGGAGACACUUCAAGAAGCUAAGGAUGAGCUGAUGGCAAGACUGCAGGAAUCAUCGCAGAUUGCCGGUGACGGAGACCAUGAUUAUGAAGGCGGCGAAGGAGGAACUGUGGCUGAUGACGACUCGCGCAGCCUAGAUGCUGUUGCUGAGGGGAGCAUCGAGGAAGAGGAAGAAGAGGAUGAGGAUGAUGAAGACUAUAGAGGCCGUCCAGGAGAUCAGCAGCGUGGCCUCCUUACCGACAUUCCUCUCGUGCUUGGUCCUGCAGAGAUCGAGGCUCUUCCGAUGAUUAUCCAGGUUGGCAUCGUUGACAGCUUUGGACUCAAGGGCGGGGAGAGGAGCGGUGGAAGGAACAUGCAGGCACUUCGAUGUCACAUCCUGCUUACACAGGAAACGGGACGCAACCUGCUCCGGGAGUUGUUGAUUUUCAUCGCCGCCUGGGACCUGCCGGAUGAUGAGCUCUACUUCAAGAUGAUGGUACAGAUUAUGGAUGCUGUGCUGAAGAACGGUUUGAUGUCCCACGCCUACUCUGACUUUGGACAGCCAAAGGAUAUCAUCUCUCCUUCUCAAGCUGUUGUCAUUAAGAUACUCACGCAUAUUUUUCGAUCUAAAUACUCACCUGCGUCGGUCGGCGGGACACAACAGGGUGCUAACAAAGGCCCAGCACCGCUGUCCAGAGUGGAUGUACUUACUGUCAGAUUCAUUUUUACCAUCUUCCGAGGCAACAUCAUUCCUGAAACCUGCGCCCUCAUUUACCUACAAGGCCAGAUCCGUGCCCGACGGGCGCUGCCAGAGGACUUCCCCCUCAAUCUCUGGGACAUGGAGAGGGUGUAUGAAGGUGUCUACCAAUUUCUUGAGUUCUUUGCGGUCCUUACGGAAAAUAACGACUGGAAGAAUCUGCUGGUAAAGUGGGAAAUCGUCUACGAUCUAGUCACGCUGAUCAAGGAGCUGGAAGCUAGUAUUCCCAAGGGCAAUCUGAGCUCGAUGUCCGUUGGUAGCGCAAGGAGGAAUAGCAGUCCAUCUAAGGAUCCACAUGCCAGCGGAUCCUCCACCGGCCCAGUUGCUGUCGAGCGUCCCUAUGACCCAGGCGACCCGGAUCCUGCCGAUGCGACAGGUAGUACUGGGUCUAGAGCCGAGUCACCACCGAUCACAGAAGACCCAUCGGAGUUCGAAUGGAGAAACCUUAAGAAGUUAGUUGUCCUUGUUCUUUCGUCUCUAGUUUGGAAGUGUCCGGAAGUGCAAAAUCAGAUUCGGAAGGACGGCGGUGUGGAGACGAUUCUCUCAUGCACCAACUUUGACGCCCACAACCCGUACAUCAAGGAACAUGCUGUCAUGUGCUUGAAGUUCUUGUUGGAGGGAAACAGGGAAAACCAAAAGCUUGUUGAGGAACUGGAGGCCCGGCAGGUAGUCAAGGAUGAGGGGGGAGUGUUGGAGAAGAGCGGGUUUGAGGCCGUGAUCGAUCAAGCCGGGAAGCUGGCUAUUCGACCGAAGGAGGGGAAGAAUAUUUCAUUAUAAGCUGCAUUUUUCUAUGUAUUAUAUUAAAAUUUGGUAGGUUACUGCCAAUCAUCAGGUAUUAUUUAGCAUAUUCCAAUCCCACCAGACAAGCAAGCAAGGUAUUAACAAGAUACUAUAACCAUAACUAAAAGACAAGCCACAAACGGACAAGGACUCAUUUAUCCUUGGUUUUCGCCUCCGUCUCCUCCUGUCCACUGUCCCAAGAAUCCGGAACAUUCAACUGCCCCCUCUUAUGCGCCUCUAUUAAAUCUGCAUUAUACCUCGGAUCCAACUUAUUCAGUAAUUUGCUAUCAUGUCCAUGUGGCUUGUGCGGUUUUGUUGCUGCAUGCCCGGGACCGGGGUAUCCGGGUUCUGUAUUCUUGUCAUCCUUGUCUCUGCUGCUGCUGCUGCCCAUGUCUUCGAGUGUCUCGGUUUGUCGGGAUUGCGAUUGGGAAUUGUCAGAUUGGGAUUGGGAUGGGCGUUGCGGUUCAGGUUGAGAUUGAUUCUAGGAUUAGUCUUAGGAGCUUUUCUCGGAGGCUCGUCGUGUGCGAGGACAGUAUUCUGGUAUUUGUU